AUGUUUGAAGUUGGCGGCAAGUGUUUAGCGUAUCAUGGUCCGCUGUUGUAUGAGGCCAAGAUUUUGAGGCGGUGGAACCCGAAGCUGGAGAAGGUUGAGUACUCGGUGCCGUUGAAGAGUGGUGAGGAGGAUGGGUUGCCUGAGAGCAUGAACCGGGAGGAAUUCUACUACUAUAUUCAUUACCAAGGGUGGAAGUCGAGCUGGGAUGAGUGGGUGAGUGUUGACCGGAUCAUGGAGUUGACGGAGGCCAAUAUCGAGUUAAAGAAGCAGCUGGUGAUGGAGGCCAAGAAGGCGUCGCUGGCUCAGCAGCAGAAGACGAAGAACGGUGGAUCCGCGAAGCGUGGUGGUGGCGGUGCACACUCAGAGAGCAACCACGGCGGCAGGAGGUCCGGAUCAGGGGAUCGUCGGGACUCGAAUGCGGAAGAGCGCGGGAUUGUGCCGAGCGAGGGGCCCUUCAGGACAUCCUCAGUGAUGAGCUACAACUUCUCGCGAAACAAGCUUCGAAUCCAUAUACCUAUGAUCCUAGAGAGCAUGCUGGUCGACGACUGGGAGAUAGUCACGAAGGAGAAGAAGAUCAGCAACUUGCCAAACCCGUUUCCAGUGGAAACCAUCCUGGAUAGGUUCUACAAGGACGUCGCUACUAGGACUACAUCACCCGUAGAGCUCUCGCUGGUUGAAGAGUACGUGUACGGUUUGAAGCAGUACUUCAACGAGGCCAUCGGGAACUUACUACUGUACAAGCUGGAACGCUUGCAAUACGAACAAGUGUUCUACCCGACACCAGAACAGCAACAGGCAAUGACGCCCGUGGAGCGUUCAUUGUCCGGCAGGCGACCAGGGCAACUCUACGGGGUGCUGCAUCUACUCCGAUUGAUAAGCAUUCUCCCGGAAAUGCUAAGCAACUGCGUCGGCAUGGACACCCAAGCAAUAAACGUAAUCCUCAGACACACCGAGAAGCUGCUGCUGUGGCUAGUGGACCGCAUAGAAGACUUGCUCCCACACAAAGUGCACAAGUCCUACUACACCAACACCUCGAGCCAGUACGAAGGCGUAGCACUCGGCCUGUGA